AUGGGCAUUGAGGUCGAGGCAAAGCACGAUGCUUGGUGCAGCAUCAAGAAAACGCUAAGGUGUUCUAUCAGAACAAGCUGGAGAUGUGCCUCUGAACAUUGGGCAAUAUUCAGCCUAGUGCUACUGCUCUACCUGCUGUACAAGUACACGCCGGGUUUCUUCGCUUUCCUGCUUUCCACUUCUCCGGUGAUUAUAUGCACCAGCCUUCUCCUUGCUGUGCUGCUAUGCCAUGGGAGCGCACACCUACCGGAGAUCCAUGAAGAAAAGAAGGCUCCUGAACAAAGUUCAGCUGGGAGCUCGUCCAGAAAUGUUCGUACUGAAGAACAACAGAGAUUUUCAGUGCCUACAUUGAAGAAGAACAUAGCCAGGGAGGCAAGUUUUGGCAGAAGGGACUGGAACAAGCAUGCUGAUCUGGAUGAAAAUGUUCCUUUGCUGAAGCAAGAAGUUGCUACGGAAGAGUACAUGAAGUAUAAUGCAGAAAAAGAGUCUAAAGGUGCAUUUUCUAGCAAGGAUGAGUAUGCCAAUUCAUUCAAUGACGUGCAUCGUAAUACAGUUGACGGGGAAGAGGCCACCCUAGGCCUUUGCUCUUCAAGUGAGAAUGUCAGUGAGGAUGUUAAAGUGGUGGCAAAGCCAGAUGGUCAAGGGACAGUAUCUGCAGAUGCACAGAGUGGUGAGGUGGCAGAAGUUUCAGACCAUAAGUCUGUUGAUGGAACUCCAGGUAAAUGCAAAUGGGGUCGUGCUGUUUCCGUGCGCCGGAGGAAGAAGCUUGCUGAUAUAAAGAUUGAGGCUAUUAAUUCUGUUGUGGACAACCAAUUAGACCAUUCUUUAUGCUCGCCAUUCGAUACAUUUGGCAGCCAUGAUAACAGUUCAUCAGGUUUUGACCCUGAUAAUGCAGAGAGACACUCUCCUGAUGUUUCUAUGACAGUCACUGCUCCGGUGCUUGAUGAGACAGAGACGGGCCCUCCUUUGGGUGUUGAUUGCUCUUGCCCUGAUCUCGUUACUACUGAUGAUUCAGACAAUCAUUUCAACAUAUCUUCUUCUCAACCACAGAGUGUUAACAAUGAAGUGGCUGACAAUAGCAAGGCCAAAGAUGAUGGUGAGGAGAAGGAUGAUGCUGGAACUGAGCCUGCACUUCUGUGGACAGGUGACAACGAGACGAAUGUCAUGGAUCUUGGGUACUCCGAAAUCGAACGGAACCGUCGGUUGGAGACACUGAUGGUGAAGAGAAAAUCAAGGAAAAACAUACAAUUUGACCCUGACAGCAUGGGCGGUGUAGCAGAUGAUGUAUCACGAUUCCGUCCCCACGUUCAGCCUAUUUCAGUUUCAGCACGAAGGAUGAACCUCUUUGCUGAUGAUGCAGAAAUUCCAGGCUCGGCUCCUCCUAUUCUGCAUCCACGAGACAAUAAUCCCUUUGAUUUCCUUACUGAUGAACAAUCAGACGACAGUGGCCUCCCUGCACCCGAUAAUCUGGAACCCCAGGAACCGAUGCCAGUGCCGCAUCAAGACGCGGUCUUCAGAAGGCACGAGAGCUUCAGCUUCGGCAGGCCGCCUCAGAGUCAGAGACACGGACCCAGCAGGUUCAAGCCAUGCUUUGCCCUGGAGGAAUUCAGCCUUGACGAAGCGAGCGCGAGCAGUUUCCAGAGGCAGUUCAGUGACAGGAGCGUGUCAAGGUUGAGCGUCGUCUCCGAGUGCGACACGGUCUCUUCAGUCGGCGAUCAGGAGCACAACGACCUCAUACGGAGCUACAUCCGCGGGGUGCGCGAAUCAUCGCCGAGCCUGCUAGGACAGGACGGCGGCGAUGGCGACGCUGUGUCUGUGUGUGCUGGAAACGAGUGCUCUGACGGGAUCGGCUUCGUGGACAAUGAGGCUCUGAAUGCUGUCAUCUGCUGA